AAAAUUGUAGAGUGACAGUAUGUUUCAUCAGUUUUUUUCAGAUUAAAUAUAUUCUGGAUAUUACUAGUAGAAAGUAUCAACAUUUCAGAAAGAAACAAUAUUUCGUUAGUUCGUAAAUAUAAAAAAAAUAAUAACAUUAAAUGGCAUCAUCUCGUAUUCAGGCUACUUUACGUCAGCUAUCUAAAACGUAUAAGAAGAAAAGUAGAUUUGAUAUCGGCAUAGCUUCUGAAUUACCCGCUGCAUACAAGAAGUUUUGGCGAGAAUGGAAAGUAUUAAAACCGGCUGCUGUUCACUUUGUUCCUCAAGAGGGCAAAUGGAAACGCGACGAACUUACAGGGGAAACACUGCCUGUACAAAAUAUACCUUUGCCAUUAAAACAUCCAGCUGAGCUUCAUGAAGGAAUUUGGGGUGGGGAAGCAGUUAUCAAAGGCUUCCAAAAACGUGAUCAGUUAAGACGUAGAGUGGCACACUACUGGGUACCAGUGUUGAAAAGAACUGUUGUACGGUCUGAAGUUCUCAACACUCACCUUUCAGUUACUGUCACUGAAAGAACUAUUCAACUUAUUAAUGACCAUUAUGGAUUUGAUCAUUAUUUAUUGAAGACACCAGCUUGUGACCUUGUCUCUAUGUUAGCAUUGAAAUUGAAAAAACAAAUACUAACCGAGUUAAUGAAUGGAUGCCCUAGAUAUGCUAAUAACCCUAUAAAACAAAAGGAAAUUUAUGAGGAAUACAAAACUUAUUUAACAUCUUACACACCAGAAGAAAUAGAGUGGUAUGGUCUUUCAUGGUAUGAAGCUUUGUGUAAAGUUGCUAAACAAAAAGAAGCAGCCAAUAAACCAAUACCUCUGAAAAAUGUUUAUAGAAAAAACCUUUUAGAAAAAUUAAAGGAAGCUGGAAUAGAGGGUAGCCACAGUUCUGCUGAAGAGAUGUCGAAUGCCACAUCAUGGUUAUCAAAAAUGAAUCCAUUUGGCAAAAAGGAUGAAGCUUAGUGGACAUUGUUGGACAAUAGUCGAAUAUUAUAAUUGUUGUUUUCGUAAAAUGUAAUAAUUUGGAGUAGAUAGAUGUUUAUCGCUCAUAUUGUUUAUUCUGUGGCGUUCUUAGAAUAGAUAUAAAAAAUUAAAUAAAAAAUCUAUUGC